UACAGGUUUUAUUUGUUGAACCAUUUUGGUGAACUUAUCCUGAAAAAAAUAAUAUAUCGGGUAUUGUGUGGGUGAGAAUACAAUAUUUAUUCAACUCCAUGCUGUCCAGUUCCAUUGAGCGUUUGUAGAAUUUUUGUAAAUUUCCUUUAACGUCAGAACACUGAGAGCCAAUCAAAUUGCACUUCCUGUUUCACUGUUCCAAAGUGUAUCUAGUUUAAUUUUUAAGGCGGGCUAAGAAGCGGGAGGUUUAAAUUGUCCCGCUUAUACACUAAUAUACUGAAAUUAACACUAUAUAAAUACGUUUAUAAAACGAUCUGAUUAGGACGCAUAACUGGAACAAACGAAGAUGUUCAGAGAAAGAAAGCACCUUCAGGAGCUCCCUUCCUCCAGUGGGAACUUGCCAAAGUGGACACAGCUGCAGGAAACCAAGAAGACACACAAGGUCCCUUUCGAGGACAAAUGUGAAAAUGAGUGCACUCCUCAGGAUCUGAUACAAAGCUGGUCUCCUCCGCAGAAAAGACCCCGAAUCUGCAAAGGGAAAGAGAAUGAAGACGUCCCCUUUGUUCUCGCUCGGAGGCCAAGGAAAAAGCGAGAAUCCGAAGCAGUGAUUUCCUGGGACAGCCUACCUGACGAGCUGCUACUGAGAAUAUUUCAUGGCCUUCCAUUGGUUGACCUACUUAAGGUUUCCCGAGUCUGUAAACGUUGGCACCGCCUGGUGUUCGAUGAGUCUCUGUGGCACAGCGUUGAUCUGAAAAGAAAGGCACUGCUCGCGCCGGCCCUCAGUCAGGUCCUGACAGCCGGGGUGGUGGCCUUGCGCUGCCCCAGGACCUGCAUAGGCAAACCUUCUCUCAAAAACAUAAGGUCUCUGCGUGUUCAACAUAUGGAUUUAUCCAGCUGCACAGUGAGUGUAGCAGUGCUUGAGGACAUCAUUGGCCGUUGCUUCAGACUCCAGGACCUCAGUUUAGAGGGACUGGUUCUUUCAGAUCAAGUCCUCAUAUGUUUAGCACAGAACCCUGAGCUGCUGCGGUUGAACAUGUCUGGAUGUUCAGGAUUCUCUGCACAUUCACUGGGAGAGAUGCUCCACCACUGCACACGGCUGGAUGAAUUGAACAUGUCCUGGUGUGAAUUCACUUCGGACCAUGUUAAAGCGGUCGUGAACAACAUUCCUGAAAGCGUCACGCAGCUAAACCUCAGCGGGUACCACCAGAACUUACACAUUGCUGAUGUGGAGGUAUUAGUGGCAAGAUGUCCACACAUUGCUAACCUAGAUCUGAGUGACAAUGUCUUGCUGACAUCAGACUCUUUUCAGCAUUUCCGCAAACUCCCAGCCCUCCGUCAGCUAGCCCUCAGCCGGUGUUACCAGAUCCACCCAGUGGCCCUGGUGGAUUUUGAGAACCUUCCCUCUUUGAAGAUGCUGGAGGUUUUUGGGAUCUUGCAGGACACGAACCUACCGAUUUUGACAAAAGGCCUGCCGCACAUUAAAAUCAACUCCUGCUAUUUUACCACCAUCGCCCGACCCACUGUGGGAAGCAAGAAGAACAGGGACAUCUGGGGCAUCUCCUGCAGGCUGACCUACAGAGCUCCGUUCACCGCAUAGUGAAGGGGCACUGACAUUGCCAACCUGACAUUUUAAAACUACAGAGGUAGUUUUGGGAGGGUGGUGGUGGUUGUAGCAACUUCACCCUAAAGUUUCAAAUACCUCCUCUGUGACAAUAUGCCACCCCACACAAAGGACACAGCUGUUUUAUGCAAUACCUCCACAGUAAAUCCCAGAUCUUUUUACUAACUGUACAGCCUUUUUAGUGUCCAUUUGUUAAACAAUGGCUGAUUUUAGCAUAUGUGCAGAUGAUGAUGAUGAUGAUGGUGGAGAUGAAGGUAUUAUUUUUAGAAGAAACUUGGAAUGAUAACUUGUUUCUAUUGAAUUGUUUUAAUGUGCACCACUUCUGUUGGAGUGAAGUAGUAUUAUUUUUAUUUAAUUUUUUAAUUUAAAUACCCAUUACUUAAUGCUUUUAUGCCCUCUGGAGCAUAAAAGCAUGUAAAGUGGAUGAUUUAUGUAAAACAUCCAUCUGAUUAUUAAAACUCUGCUAACAAUGAAGCAUGGAGAACAAUAAAACCAGUUUGUUUCUCAUUGAUGUAACUUAAAAAAGGAUGGUGAGUAAGUAGAUUCAAGAAACUGCACAGAGUCCUUUUCUUCACUCAGUUGUUAGGUUUAUUGAAAUAUGCAGGGAGCCUGGUCCCAGGUACAGGACAAACAGAAUACUCGUUCUUACAAUUGUUGCAUGACAUUAAAUACCCUUCUGCAUAGGUGUCUCUCUCCUCCUCUUUCUCUGACACUUAACCAAUAGAAAAGGUACAACUCAUUAUCCUAUUACCAUAUAUUUCAUUCAGUGUGAGUGUGUGUGUGUGUGUGUGUGUGUGUGUGUGAUCUAGUGUGAAGAUCUCUGAACUCAGUGCAUUCUUCAGACCCCUGGUGCCACAAAGGUCCAUACAUCUGGUUUUUGUCAUCUUCCUUGUUCCUAUCUCUCCGAUUUGCCUAAGACCCUUUGAUCCCAGUGGCAUUAUCUCUUUGGAUCUCUCUGAAGUCUCAGAGCCUGGUCUCUUCUGGUCCCCUUGAAAACUAUCUUUAUGAUCCCGUCAUAAACCAGCUGUAUUUUCUAAGCAAAAACCUGUUAACUAGUUUUAUACCCUAGUGGACACCCCCCGAAGGGCAAGCUUCUUUCAUGUCAGGGCUGGAGAUCAAAGGACUUGUUUGUACAGCCGUGUGCUGCUGGCCAGCCAUUUGCUUUGACACAAAAGAAUCUUAACUUCUCUACCAUAUUGCAGCUUUCAUCUAUCACAGCAGUGCUUGCAUUUUUGGAACUAACAGUUUUUUCUAUCCAAUGUUAAAUCACUUUUCAGAAAAAUAACAUGAAUACAGCCGUCAUUCCUCAUGCGUAGCAAACUGCUAUUCAAUACUUGUUCCAUGUUUUCCAACACUCAUAUUCCAACAUGUCAACUCUCUUGUAUGGGUAAAUACUGUGCUUCCAGGCAAGAGGAUUUAUAUGUACAGAAAUGAUGUUUUAAGGUGGUUUGCUGUAGUUUCUGAUCUACAUGGAAUUGUAAUAUGCAUGUAGAAUGAUUUUUAAAAGGUGUGGUAACUGUAUUGUACCACCUCAAGUGUGGUCUCCUCAUAAUUGUGCUGUUAAAAUUGGGUCUGAAGAUAGAAAAAUCAUGUAUUCUGAAGGAAAACUAUAUACAGAUGAACACAGUAACUGAAAUGUUUACAUGCUGACUUAGUUUUCCCACAGAUAUUAUGAUUUGACUUGUUUAAAGUUUUUAGGAAUUCAGGAUUUUUUGGGUACUACCGGACCAGGAUUUUUUUUUUUUUAAAUCUGGCAGCUGCUGUAGUUGUAGGUUAAAUGUUUGCAUUUUAUGACACUCAAAUUGACUGGCUAGUAUAAUUGUAUUAUUAUUGUUUUUUCUUAUUGAAAUGUUACAUGAAGUUGAUGCCUAUAACGUUACAUUGUCGAUGUUGACUAAAACUAGACUAAACGGGAUCCUUUUUAAAGCUUUGUACUCCAGUGCUGUUACUUUUUCUGACUUGGAAUGUUGCCCAGUCAUUGCAAAACUAUAAAUAAACACUAGGGGACACAAUACUAAAAUAAAAGAUUUUAAAAGAA